CAAAGGAGCUGUGUAGCUAUCCGCGCCCCGGCUUUCAUGUCAGGGGCCACAUUGCUUGCGAGGUGCUUGCAGGGAGGAUGAUGAUGACCAUGAACGGCAAGCAACAUUUCUCCAUGCACCCGGCUCUGCACGAGCCCAAGUAUCCCGGCCUGCACUCAGGCUCGGAGGGCAUGCGCAGAGUCUGUCUGUCCGCCCCACAGCUGCAGGGCAAUAUAUUCGGAGGCUUUGAUGAGAGCCUGCUGGCACGGGCAGAGGCUCUGGCGGCUGCUGACAGCAUUGUCUCUCACGGCAAGAGUCACCCGUUCAAACCAGACGUGACUUACCAUACCAUGAGCAGUGUCCCCUGCACCUCAGCUUCCUCUUCUUCCUCUACUACCGUGCCCAUCUCCCACGUUCCUUCCACCAUCACCUCUCACCACCACCACCACCACCACCACCACCUCGGACAGACCCUGGAGGCCGGGGACCUCCUGGACCACCUCUCCACCAGCCUGGCUGUGACCGGGAUGGGUGCUCCAGAGCCUCCAGGGAUGACCACGCCGGCGCACCACCACCAGCACCCUCAUCACCACCUGCAGACUAUGGGGCAGCUACACCAGGCGAUGGCCACUAUGGCCCACCCUCACUCCCUGUCCGCGCACGGUGGCAUGGCUUGCGUCAACGACGUGGAGUCGGAUCCCAGGGAGCUGGAAGCCUUCGCCGAGCGGUUCAAACAGAGAAGGAUCAAACUCGGGGUGACCCAGGCGGACGUCGGGUCAGCUCUGGCAAACCUCAAGAUCCCAGGAGUGGGAUCCUUGAGCCAGAGCACCAUCUGCAGGUUCGAGUCCCUCACCUUGUCCCACAACAACAUGAUCGCUCUCAAGCCGGUUCUCCAGGCCUGGCUAGAGGAAGCCGAGGCUGCGUACCGGGAGAAAAGCAGCAAGCCGGACCUUUUCAACGGGAACGAGAGGAAAAGAAAGCGCACCUCCAUCGCCGCGCCGGAGAAGCGGUCUUUGGAAGCGUACUUUGCCAUCCAGCCCCGGCCCUCCUCGGAAAAAAUUGCGGCCAUUGCCGAAAAACUGGACCUGAAAAAGAACGUGGUUCGAGUGUGGUUUUGCAACCAGCGGCAAAAACAGAAACGAAUGAAAUACUCUGCGGUGCACUGAGUUUCACAGAUCAUGAAUAAAAUAGCCUACUACAUUUUUGAUCGAGUGAUUAAUAAUAGCCUAAGUAACCUAACUAACAGGGAUUUUUCAACACGUCUCAUUUUGGAUUGUCCCCAGAAAGACGUUUACUUCCAUUUGGUGUCACGCACUCUUCAUUGUUGCACUUUUUCGAUUUUAUUAUUAAUAUGGGACUUAUAAAUGUGUUAUAGAUCUGUAAGGAGGAUGGCUUUGAUGUUGUCUUGUAUCUUGCACACUCUAAAUGUGGAUUUUUAGAAAAUUCACCCUGACAGUUUGUCACAUUCAGGGAUAUUAACUCACUUUUUUUUAAACCAUAAAAUGGAGUUUAUGGAGGCUACAUUAAUGGACUGUUCAAAUGUCAGCGUUGUUAAACUGAUGUCAUCUGAAGACAGUCUUCUACGUUAGGAAUUCCGGAAGGAAAAAAAAAAAGAUUUUGUAAGAUAAUUGGUUGAGACCAGAGUUUGUCCUCCACAUCACUGGCUCAUAUAUACUGAACUAUAUGUUCUUUUCACCUCUUUUUAAAAAUCCAUUAUGUGAAGAAUUUAGUGGAAUGUGUUCUCAAGUAUAAAGUGUUCACUUUCUAAAUCACUAUUUCCUUUAUUUAUUUAUUUGCAAAUUAAUCAGCUAUCUUCGUGAACUGUGUGAAGGUAAUUUACGCACAGACGACAGGGACUCUUUCACAAGGUAUAUAUGACACACUCUGAGUCUGGCUAUCUUUAAUUAUUUAGAAAUGACAGUGACAUUCUUAUAUAAGGCACAUACGUGUGGCUUUGGCUGCUGCUAUAUUUUAGUAUUUUGAUGUGAACAUGUUUUGGAGCAUUACAGGUGAGCUGUAAAUUUAUCAUAUAGCCCAGCUGUAUACAGUAUACAGGCCUCCAUCAGCCUGAUCUAAGUAUUUAUUUUCCUCACUCUUGAUUUCACUUGAAAAAAAAAAUGUGUGAAGUUUAAACUUAAUA